CCCUAACUCGCCGAUCCUAUGUACUUAUUCAGAAUGACGCCAAGGAUAAUUUGAAACAACCUAUCCGAACACAAAGUGCCAGGUAGAAGGCACUUGAAACACCUGAAUUCGCGUUUCUACUGAACAAAUACAUGAGAAAAAUCAGCAUGUCGCUUCGAGCCACCUCCUCUUCUACAGGGCUCUCAGACCUGAUCCAGCAACUACCCACCCUGCCGGAAUUUUUGCAGUACACGGCCGCCGUACACACGCAUGCGGUCUCACUGCUUCUUCCCCGGACGCACCCGUUCCCGGAAUUGGGAAAUCGCGUGAAAACGAGCUUCUAUCUGGACUGCAGUAACCAGAUGCCCCGGUCCGGCCCGCCUUCGAAGACGGUGUUUGGUCCCGACGGGACGGAGCGCGAGCAGGACGACAGUAAGCUUUUCGACGUGCAGUGCAUCAAAGCACAGACGCAAUGGAAGACGCGGAUCCUGGAGCAGGACAUGCUGCGCGACGACGGCACGUGUCCGCUGUUGCGCUACAUAUACUUGAAGACGGAGAAGAUUAUCGUGUGGGAAAGUCAUUCUAGCACAAUAAAGGGUUUUCUUUGUGGUUCCAUGCAUAUACAAGAAAAGCGGCUGCGACGCGCUGAUUGAGCAUCAGCUAGGGCACUGCGCAAGAGCACUUUGGGUUUUUCUGCCCGUAUCGUUGUCUGAAUCUAUCAUCCAUGCAUGGCGCUUACAGUAAUCUAUCAUUCAUGCAGUAAUCUAUCAUCCAUGCCAGGCGCUCGCUGAUGAGGACUACUUUAUGCUAGUACUUUUCCCCACAACAAGCCAGUGGUUCAAGUGCUGCGCGCCGAACGAGUACGCCCUGGCUAAAACGCCGACGUUGGAUUUUGCGGCGCCGCUGUCCGCGUUACCCUCCAAAACCCUGGCGUCGAUGACGAACGGGCUGCGCAUGGUUGCCGCCGUGCAGAUGAACAUCGUGUCCAAGAUUUUCAAGACCCUGGGCGCGUCCAUGAAGGUCGCCACGAGCCCCCUUGCCGCGCUGGGUUUGCUGAUGACCAGUGCCAACGGGGCAGCCAUCGCGAUGAAAGCCGCGGUAUUCGGCAAGACCCGGGCCCAGGCGGAGCGGCUGGCCGAGUACGAGCGACUGAACAAGCUGACGUGCAAGCAAGUGGACUUGGUAAACGGUGUGGGCGUGAAGAACGGGAACGUGUACCUGGACUCUGACACAGAGAUCUGCUUCCAGACGGGCGAGGCCGGCUGGGACGAAAGUCAAGGGCAGUACCGUUAUCCUCGCAAAUGGAAUGUAGGUUUUAUUUUGCACACGUGAAAGAGAGUUGUCGCAUUCACUUCGGGUCGAUUUUCGUCAUUUCUGCUAGCAUUCUCUUGGAUUUGGUUCGAACGAACCCCACGCAUUAAGUACAUGAGAGACUACACUACCGCCUACAAUCAUGUCUUGUCGCCAGAUGAAGCAUCCUUUUGCUAGGAUAAUUGCAUGAAGGCGCCGACGGAGUGUAUUCAGCUGGGCGGGAAAGGUGGUGCGUCGAAUGUGUACGAGGUAAGGGAUCCAAAAACCCAUCUGACCAGUGUGCGAGGAAAUAUCAACGCGUAUGGCUACGGACCAAGAAAACGAAAGUUUGAAGCUGUGUUUUUAUGAAAGUAUGAGUAAUUGUGCUUGUCCUCUUUUAGAU